AUGGUUGUCGCUACCAUCAAGUGUGUCGUAGUGGGGGACGGUGCAGUAGGAAAGACCUGCUUGCUCAUCUCAUACACAACGAACAAGUUCCCGUCGGAAUAUGUCCCCACCGUCUUUGACAACUACGCCGUGACUGUGAUGAUUGGUGAUGAACCCUAUACCCUGGGACUGUUCGAUACUGCCGGUCAAGAGGAUUACGAUCGCCUGCGCCCGCUCUCCUACCCCCAGACUGACGUGUUCUUGGUCUGCUUCUCCGUUACUUCACCUGCCUCAUUUGAGAACGUCCGCGAAAAGUGGUUCCCCGAAGUCCACCACCACUGCCCCGGUGUUCCUUGCUUGAUCGUCGGUACCCAGACCGAUUUGCGCGACGAUGCUGGUGUGCGGGACAAGCUUGCCCGCCAGAAGAUGCAACCCAUCCGCAAAGAAGAUGGUGACCGGAUGGCUAAGGAGCUCGGGGCUGUGAAAUACGUCGAGUGUUCAGCUCUGACACAGUACAAAUUGAAGGACGUCUUUGAUGAGGCUAUCGUCGCGGCACUUGAGCCCGCGCCCAAGAAGAAGUCAAGAGGCUGCCGCUUGCUGUGA